AUGGAUAUGUUGAAGAAGCGAAAGCUCGAUGAAAAUGGAAUCGCGAUGCUACACGAUGGAGUCAGUGGCUCUGUUUCGUUUCGAUUGGUGCCACAAGACGCGAGGAAGAUUACCGAGCUUUUCUUUGCUGAUCAGCUUCUUGAUAUCUUGCAAGAAGCUAUUGUACGACAUCCAGAUGUUCUUUUUUUUUUUUUUUGA